AUGCAAGAGGGCGACAGCUGGGAAAAGUGAACCAGGGCAAAUAUUAUCAUAGCUCGACGGAGGAUACCUGUAAUGUGCUCAUGUAAGCGAUUGAAUAUUCUCCUCAACGCGCACGGACUCGAAACGAGCUUUGAACUAACUCAGUGCAGAUAAACAAGUCCAAAUUCAUAUCAAAAUGGGCAAACAAGGCAUAUCACUGAAAAUAUCGGAAAUAAAGUACUUAAGAACUGUUAUCUGUUACGCGAGUACCCCCGGAAAGCGAUUAAAAGUCUCCGAGACAAAUAAGGUGUAAAUUUUCUUUUGCUCAUAGUUUGGUUAAUUUACGGUGCGACAAACCGUAAUUAAGUUCGGUCGAGCCUGAAUUCAAUACCGACUUCCCAUUAUUUUUUAAACACAGCAAGUGUAUUGAAUAUUGUAUAGAGGCUAGGAAAAUACAAAACUCAGUGUUAAAGGUGUUUUGCCAAUCUAACGAUCGGGUGUAUACUUUAUUGUUACAAAAAGUGGAAAAUAUUGAAGUCAAGAACAACACGGCAGUGAGCCAAGAUGUCCGCAAAGGAACACUGAUCAACGAUGGAACUCGGAUUGACCAACAUUUAUCACACUGCAGGAAGUUUUAGUUUUUGAAAACAGAAUUGUAAGUACUGUAUUUCUUAAAAAAUAUCAGUAUUUUUAAACGAAUGCCUCACUUUAAGGGAUUGCAAAAAAACUUUGACGGCAUUGCUGUUUCUGCAGUAGGAACUAACAAUUUGCCUUGAAUGGCCCGUCUUUCCAUUCGCACAAACGUACAGUUUCAGUAAAUGGCCAAAAGAGCGAAUUCGGGAAAAGAAAUAGGACGUUUGUUUGUACGCGAACUUCAUUACUUUUAUUGAAGGAUGUAACCCAUUGUAUGCGAAGGAUCAAACAGAUAUUUCUUUUUGGAGAUAAAGAGAGGAAGCUUAAAACUGAACAGAUGGUUUUGUGUGUGAUUUUGUGUCAGGGCCAUGUUUGUAAUGAAACUGAGUUUUACUUUUCAUUUCUUUAUUUCACGUCAAUAAUAGGUUUUCAACCGAAGUGCAGUCAAUAUUUGUCGUGAAAGCCUUCUGCAAAAUGACUCAGCCGACUUCGGAGAGUUCCCCGGAGCCAACGGGAAUUGAAGCCGAAUAUGCUAGUCCCGAGCAAGAAUCGAUAUAUGGGGGCAGAGCCGAAACAGCAGCCGAACCCCAGCCCGAGUGGACGACGGCAGUAAAUCAAUGGGGUAUCGCCUGGGAUUUUCAUCAAUACGGCAUCGGGGCGUGUUUCGGGUUGGUGGGUAUGUUAGCUCUCGUAUCAUUCGUGAGAAUGCUAAUAACCAACAAAGGAACGCGACAGAAGAAAGUGUCCCUCGUGGUCUUGAGCCAGAUUAUCUUAUUCGGUUUCUCACGAUGUAUUUUCUUGUGCGUCGAUGCUUAUCACUCGAAGAAACACAUUCACAUCACGGUGCUGAAUUUAAUCUGGGGACUUGGCCAGCCGUCGUUGGUAACAGCGUUUAUGCUUAUAUUUCUGGUCUUGAGGAACGCUCUGAUGAUGAAGGCGAGGUUUCAAACUUGGUACACGACGCGAAACAUAGCUCUUGUUACUGUUCCCUACUUUACUUUCGUCUUUGCAUCCGAGGUGGUCGUUUCUUUGAUGCCAUCCUACAAAGCCUUAAUUUUUGCUUGUCAGAUGAUCAACACGCUGUUAUACCUAAGCUUGGCUUGCUUCUACGUUUUCAUUUCGCUUCUGAUCCGGAAAAAAUUACGCUUGGUUCGAAACGGCCUUUCAAAUACGCGUACAAGAGGGCAGCAAACUUUGUCGAUCUUAAAACGCUGCGUGGGCGCCUUUGUUGGGGGUUUUAGCAUUGCUGUCAUGCACGUCUACUCUAUGACAGGCGUCUACAGCGUUUUUUCCAACGUCCAACACGUUGCCGUGUGGCCGUGGUUCGCUUUCAACACGUCACUGCGUUGUUUGGAGUUAGGAAUGUCUGUGUUGUUGUACACGAUGGGAACGGAGAAUCCCGCAAAGCGACCGAGAAAGAUCGACGUUGCACCGCUGACAUUGAUACAGUCAAAGUAA